AUGGCAGAGCCUGCCAUCUUUAGGCUUCCAGAUCCUGGGGACGGUGAGCUUGAGGACAGAGAGUCCGAGUCAGAGGCCGAGGAAGCUCCCAGGUCUGCAGGUGCCCUGCGGACUGUUCGAUAUAGGGACAGACUUCGAAAUGCUUCCCGUGCAGAGGUUUUGUUUCUGUAUGCGAAAACCUGUGGCGACGAAUCAGAAUCUCUGGGCACCGCUGCUGCAGGGAAUUAUUUGUUUUGUGUUGCUGAGCUUGGGGGAAAAUGCAUCAAGCCGUUGGGUGCCCAAGAGCACUUGCAGCAGCAAGAUACUUGGCGAGCUCGGCAUCAGAAACGUCGCGAUCGAGAUUUCGCCGCUAAGCAGAUGUCCCUCCAGAACCAGACAACCCGAAACCAGAUGUUCAAGUGCUGUUUGAAGUCUCUUUUUCGUUUCAGGGCAGCUGUCCAGUUGGGGCCUGCCCAGGCUGCAGUGGCAGGUGCCUGGUGCCGGGCACCUGCAGCUGCUAACCAGGGUGCGGUGACUCCUGUUCCUGCGAUGCCCGCCUUGGCUGGCAGGUUGGCGGUUUUGCCUGCAGGGCAAGCGCAAUGGGUUUUUCAAGCUGCUGCGCCAAGCGUCAUCUUCGAAGCCGUUGCAGAUCGCCAGGGCCUUUACACUUGCUUUGCAGACGGACAGGCGGCGGAGCCUGAAGUAGGCACUGCGAGGCGUUACCUAGGGCGUCCUUUCUGGAUGGUUCGCUUGCCACCAACUGUCAUGAAGCAUUUGAUGGAGAUAGGCAAGGAGUUCGUGGUUCCUGGUGGGCUUGUGACUUCUUUGGGGCACCAGUUGCCCGGAACCGUUCCUGCUGCGGCAGAAGGAAGCCCCAGUGAUGGUGCCGACAGUGGUUCCUCUUCCUCCUGCGAGAUGAAGAAAGUGCGCAGGCCGGCCAUGCAAGAAAUCCUGUUGGGAAAGCUCGCUUACAAGCUCAGCUCAACGGUAGGCAUUCAAGAUGUGGUUCGCACCGUCCUUCGAAUGUUAGUGCCAGAUAGUUUAGGUCUGGCAGACAACAUGAAAGUGUCGCAUGGGCAUGUGCGGAAUAUCUUGCUAAAGCUUGAUGCCUUGCAUUCCUUGUCUCGCCGGUUCCUUGCCCCACCAGGUGGUGGGGCAGACAAGUCGCUGCGAAUUGUCAGGUACAUCAGUCCUGACAGUUCCCCGCAAGCGAAUUAUGAUUAUUUUUGUGCGACAGAAGAGUUGCUGCUCUAUCGUUCCGACGAGCUUCCAAGGGAUGCGGGUGGAAAUGUAGCUCCUUUCAAAGGGUUUGAACACCAGAGGCGUUCGAUGUUGUGUACAACAAUUGCGAGAGGACAAGGAAGCACAGCUUCGAAGGCAAGCAAGAUGGUACAUAUGAUUGCCGUUGAGAGUGGUGCGUCUCUCUUUGAGACGUAUCGUUCGGAAGUUCGGGGCUUCUUAAGCGAUCAAGGAACGGAGCGAGGCAUAGCAUCGUUUCCAGUCCGCAGUUGCUCUGAGGUCCAGAGUAUUGUGGGCGCUCAAGCUUUGGCGAGCGAGGCAAUACAGGAGGAUUUUCGUGAAUUGCCGCUCUUUCAUUCCGCUCUACACAUACCGGGAACACUACACAUAGUGUUUAACGCACUGGAAUUCAGCUUGAAGCAGCUUGAAACCUGGCAAAAAUUCGAGAAACAGUUGAACAGCAUCACCCGUGUGUGCAAAGAAAAGAGUUACUCAGAAGUAAUUCUUGUGAGAAUGAUGAAGCAUGCGAGCCCCGAGGAGAGACGGUUGUUGCAUCGGAUGGAUGACCUCUUAGACUGGAGGUGGGAUUCGCUCGCAAGAGUGCUGAAGGUUUGGGUUCCUCUAUAUCCCACCUUCAAGAAAUAUUGGAACCCAGCUGUUUUUGGUGGGGACAGCUCGUCAGUCACAAUUCGAGCUGUGACGGAAGCGUUGGCAGACGAGUGCCAUUUCGACAUGGCAGUGUGGACGCAUCAGUUCUCUGCCGAGGCCACCAGGCUGGCCCACUUUUUCGAGGGUUGUCACUGCCAUCAGGAGCAGCUGACAGACCCAGAAAACCGGGAAAAGAUAAACUGUUGUUGGAAAGGCAGGCGCUUGCCUUGGCUUGCGGUUGGUAAUCUCCAGGGAGCUUUGCAAGAUGCCAUGACAAACAACGAGAUUAGUGUUCUUGCGCAUCUCUUGUCUCGUUCUAGUGAAACUGCAAGUCGGAUGGCGCACAUGGCGGACACGUGCAACAAAGUAUUUGUUGCCGUUAUCCAGCAAAAGCUUGCGUAUGCUCAGCAAGUACCAUGGGUGUUUGCCGCAGCGUUUGCGGGGUAUAUGGGCGAGACUUGGGGCCGAGUGAAAAAGGUUCUUCGGCCACAUCUUCAGAACGUUGACAACAUGAUCUCCAGUGGCCAAGUCGGCGCUCUAGACUCUGUUACACAUGCUUUGUUUGGACCAACCGACACAGGCCGCAUGCUCCGAGAGUUUCUGAACUCGGAGGAUGACGUGCCCCUUGAUCGAUGGCCAGCGUUGUUUUGGAGAGUACAGGAAUAUGCCUUUGUUUCUUUGUCCGAGCGACACACGGAGAGAGAGCAUGUCGGUGUCAAGGUUGCAGCAAACCGUGGUCUCACAAAGGCUGGGCCUGCAGUUGUCUGCAGCCGCAAGCGCAGAGAUCAAGUGUUGGAGAUGCUGGAAGAUGAGAAACAGCUCGCUUUCUUGGUCAAAAAUUGGCGCAGCAGGCGCCUUUGGAGUAGCCUGCUGGAGCACAUGCUCACUCACGAAGAGGUUCGACUUAUGGAGACGCCAAAGAGGCUUUCCCGCUUGUACGGGUAUAGCGAGGAAGACCACUUCAAAGAUUGCGAGGACUCUGUUCGUGCUGAUGCCGUUUACCGCCAAACUUUGAGAGAUCAGACUUUGUUACUGGCCGGAAGCUUCAAGCUUCCGAGUGCUUCCCACCAGGUAGUGAACUGGCUGAAAGGCCAUUUGGCGACGGGCGUGUUUUUCAGUGUGUCCACGCAUGUCUUUGAGCUACUUGUCGACAGGGGUCGGAGAUGUGAAGACCCAGCCGCAUCCUUCAGAACCGACGUGCUGCUGUCUAUUCUGCGAGCCGACGUCCACCCUCGGGUAAGUGAUCGUGCUUCGGUUUUCUGCUCGGUGCUGGAUGCCAGGCCAGAAGCAAGAACGGAUGCUCGUGUUUCGCGACCUGCUGCACACAUCACAGACCCGAAGCUAGGCCGCCGCAGCUGUGUGGUUGUGCAGCGUUUCCACGACGUGGAUGUUUCCCAGGGCGUGCACGGCCUUGGUGGAGAUGUGCGGGUGGCGUGCACGAAUGUGCGGAUCGAGGUUCUCGACUUGGCACGGGUGUGCACAGCAGAGAACUUGAAAGCCUUUUGUGCAAACUGUUUGCUCUGGCGUGCUAUGCCUGCGGAACUGGCCUUGGCUCUGGGAGACGAGUCCACGCAGCCAGGUUUGCUGCAGGAGCCGCAAGUGCAGAAACUUCCAGAGAUUGUCUUAGACAGCGAUCCUGCCUGCUUGUUGAGUCGACCGCCUCCGGAUCGGCAUGUGGAAGAUAAUGCGGACGACUCUGCGGUGCUGCAGGUCUACGGUGCUCCGUGUAGCGACCGAGAAAUGCAAGCUAUCAAAGAGUUGCUGCGAGCAAGGGCCAUCGGCAUUGAAUCUGCUGUGUAUGCCACAGACCUUGAACACUUCGAUGCUGUUGCACUGGAAGGCUUGCGUGACCGAGGUCUUGUCAUCUGCGAGACUGAUAUGUUCUCAGAUGUAUCCGUCGCCUUGACGGGCAAGUUGACCUACAGUGCAAGCUCGGUGCUGGCACGGCCAUUGUUGCUUUGGGAGCUUGACCAAACGACUUUGACUCGAGGCCAGAUGCCAGGCCGAUCAAAGUUGGAGUUAAUUCGUUUGUUGUUUGUCUUGGGCUGGGAGCCAGGGCUGGGCCGGGAAGCGUGGCAUCGCAAGCAGGGAGAGAAACGUCUUCCAGAUGACGUUCUAGUUUGCAGCCUCCCCUUCCUCAGAGCUUUGAUGCUGAGUCGGCUUAUAUGGGAAAAGCCCGGCAACUUGUCGGGCAUUUACUUGAAAGGCCCCCAGCAGUAUUAUGAGUUCUUGGUGGAUCAGGACGAUCUCAGCAGCUUGCGGGAUGCUUCUGCAGAGGAAAUCAAUGCUCGGUUCGCGCAGAAGAAAAAAAGACCUGCUGGCCGCAGCUUGACAAGAGAUGCGGCUACAGGUCUGGAGCUUGACCCAGAGGCUGAUGAUGCCGAGUUAGAAGAGCUUGUGCAAGAGCUGCCUGAAAAGCUCAUGCAAGCAGAAGAGCCGCAGCCAAGCAUGGCCAGCGGUGGUAGACGUGUCGCUCCUCUAGAAAUCGACUUGGGAGGCGGUAGGACACAGGUAGUGCAUUUUGACAAUUUCACACACUCCAGCGGCCAGCUCCGAGCAUUCGUUGCUUGCGAGACACACAGCGGCUGCCGCUUGUACACGUUUGUACGGCAUCAUGGCAGCCGCAGGCGGGCUGCUGCCUUUUUGCUUGCUUGGCAAAUGCGAGCAGCUCACCACCGCAGAGCUGAAGCUCACAUUGCGGACAAGCCAAGUGAAGAGCAGGUGGAUGCCAUGAUGCUCCGGAUCGCUUGA